UUCAACAAACCAGAGCUACUCUAGCUUGCGAUAUCUGGGUAGUCUUUUAGUCUUAACAUCACUAUCUCCGAAAGCAGCUCUAAUUUGCAGCAAAUCUAUUGAAAUACCGACUUAGAUUAUUGAAAUGGGUACUACAGCAGAAUAUGAGUGCCCGCGUCGAGUGCCGGUUCCUCCUUCCAAACCAUUUCUCAAGUCAUUACAAACUAGUCUCAAGGAGACUUUCUUCCCUGAUGACCCUUUUAGGCAGUUCAAGAAUCAACCGGCCUCCAGGAAGUUUUUGUUGGGAUUACAGUACUUUGUACCAAUCCUGGAAUGGGCUCCUCGUUACACUUUCGACUUCUUCAAGGCUGAUUUGAUUGCUGGUAUCACCAUUGCCAGUCUUGCAGUUCCUCAGGGGAUAAGCUAUGCAAAUUUGGCCAGCAUACCACCAAUUAUUGGACUCUAUUCAAGCUUUGUUCCGCCGCUGGUAUAUGCCAUGUUGGGGAGUUCUAAAGAUUUGGCUGUGGGGACUGUGGCUGUGGCAUCACUGCUAAUAUCUUCUAUGCUGGGCAAGGAGGUUAGCCCUACUGAGAACCCCAAACAAUACGUUCAGUUAGUCUUCACGGCUACUUUCUUUGCUGGGCUGUUCCAAGCUUCCCUUGGCAUCUUAAGACUUGGAUUUAUCGUGGAUUUUCUGUCACAUGCAACCAUAGUGGGAUUCAUGGGUGGAGCUGCCACGAUUGUCUGUUUACAGCAAUUGAAAGGGAUGCUUGGUUUACUCCAUUUCACACAUGAGACUGAUCUUGUAUCCGUUAUGCGCUCAGUUUUCGGCCAAUUUCACCAGUGGAGAUGGGAGAGUGCUGUCUUGGGCUGUUGUUUCCUUUUCUUCCUUCUCCUGACAAGAUACUUUGUGAGUGCAAUGUACCCUCUUUUACUUUUGAGUAAUUUCCAUUGAAAGUUCGUUAAUUCUUCAUUUUUACGAGAAAAAAAGGAAGCUAU